AUGAGUGGCGGGUAUGAUCUCAACCUCUUCACCAGCCCUCCCGACAGCAACUUUGUGUGUUCUGUCUGCCACGGAGUUCUCAAGAGGCCAAUGAGGUUGCCAUGCAGCCACAUCUUCUGCAAGAAGUGCAUUCUCCGGUGGCUAGCCAGACAAACGACCUGUCCGUGCUGCAGGAAAGAGGUGAAACGGAAAAAGAUGGUCCAUGUGAAUAAGCUCCGAAAGACCAUUGGCCACCUGGAAGUGAAGUGCAAGAACGCUGAAGCUGGCUGUUUGGUGACAUGCCCCCUGGCCCAUCGCAAAGGGCACCAGAACUCAUGCCCUUUCGAGCUAAUGGCCUGCCCCAACGCAGGCUGCACGGUGCCAAUAGCACGUGGAGCCUUGGCGGAGCACCUGCAGCAGUGCCAGCAUGGUACCCAGCAGCGCUGCACCGGGGGCUGUAGGACCACCCUGGACCCAAUGGAGCAUGUAUCCCACAACUGCCACUGUGAGCUGCGCGGAGCGUGGGGCCAGCACCGGGAUCGCAGCCAGACCCUAGUGCUAUGCCUGCUCCAGCAUGUGCGCAAGGUGCACCACACUACCAGCCUCAUCUGCAGGCAGCUGGCCCAACUUGGAAACUUCCUGGAGAACGACGCGCUGCUCCUCAGUGCCCAGCAAGAGGAUGCCGAGGCCACCCCAGAAGGCAGCAUUGGGGCUGAGGUGUUGGGGGUUCAGGACCAAAGUACCUUAUAA